AUGAGCGAGCGAGAGCCAGGCGUGCAGCUGCCGCCACUUUCGCAUCGCACUUCUGAUCGUCACAAUACCUCUAUAUUCCUUGGCAAGGAUGAGGAACGCUGGGCGAAGUUUCUUGGCGAAUCGUCUGGGGCGCCGUGCAAGUUCGUGCAGAGCGCCUACACGUUGUUGCCGUUUAAACGCUCCGACAAUGCGAGGGGUUUGCACAAGUAUGCAAGUGAACUCGAUCUGCAAGCCAAGGAUAAUAGAUUGGGAUUUGAUCUGCCAAAGGCGAAGCGUACUGAAAGUUACGAUAUCCUGUCGAAUACUUCAUCAAGGCGCGGGGAACCAUGGCCCAUGCAGCAGCCAUCAGGACGCCGUCAAGACCAGUCCAUGUUAACAAAGUCAUCGACCCUGAUAUCACCGGAUGCUUUCUCGCCGCCGCUCAGGUCGCCACUCGUGCUAUCGACAACGCCGAGCAAGUUGGAUGCGACGUCGCCAUCGAAGCUCGAAGAGGCCCUGACUACAGCUUUGGCGGAACAGACUCACGUCAGCGCUACCCCUUCGGUGGCCUCAGAGAUUAUCGGUGAAGAGCAGGAAGCAGACUUGCCGCAGGCUUUGACGGUGAAUAUUCCGAAGAUACCGCAAUACCCAUCAACGCUUGGGCCAACCGUGCAAACUCGGCGUUACCGGCGUUCGCGCCUGCUGCGCUCGGCGCAAAAGGAUCGUAUACCGACCCCACGCAGUGGCUCGCCUGAACCCCUGGGUAUGGCGAGCACGGGCCCCAAUAUCCCGCUGUACGGCAACCUGGACAUCUUGACGCUGAGGCCACGGCGUACAAUCGAGGACGUGGAAGGCACGCUGUAUGACGAGGAUGGCCCAUUCCGUGAAGGUGAGAUGAGCGAUAGUCUCAGUGUGCGUCUGUUCUAUGCGCCCGGGAAAGAGGGGAAGCCCGGCAUGAGCUACCUCAUCACGACGCCUGACAACCGUGUGUUCUCAGCAGCCAAGCGGCGGCGCUGGGCCAUGGAUGAGCGCGGUCACUUUUAUGCUGCUAUGGAAAUCAAAAGUGUUGAGUCGAAGCUGCGCCAUGCCUACAAUGACUUGGUCGACCCUGUGUAUGCGCGUGAGUACGAGAAUGAUCUACGCAAGUACUACGAAGAUGAUAUCCUGGAUGAGUUGCAAAAGGCCGAGACGCUGACACCGGGUCAGAGCGUCGUUAUGCCGCAUGUGCUGCGCACGGAAGACGGAAAAAUCAUACGACUCGAGGAAGACUUCCCUGAAGAGGCGUUUUUUGCGAUCGCCGGGUGCCACGACGACGAGCUCUAUCCCGUGGUGCUGCGCGUGUUUGUGGAUGCAAUCCGCCUACUAUGGCGCAUGCACUCACAUGGCUGGAUGCAUGGCGAUAUCAAGCUCGAGAACCUUAUGUUCAACGAAGAUGCCCAACUGUACAUGAUUGAUUUUGAGAAUGCAUCGCCCUUCCGCGGCACACGGCAGCACGACGGGAUGAUCCAGCUUCUCAGCUACGACUGGACGCCUCCUGAGCUUGAGGUAAGCCCUCUUGGGCGUCGUAUGGGCCCCUCCGGCGACCUUUGGGCGCUGGGUGCGAACCUCAUUCGUGCGUUUGCGCUACGAGACGGUGUCACCGAUAAUGCAGUGCGCGAGAUGCUCAUGGGUGAGGGGAUGGACACUUUUUUUGCAUUCCGACGACGGCUGCUUCAAACGAGCGAGUUAGAGCCAGGCGCGCCACCUGUGGCGUAUGGUGUGAACCUUGGCCCUCUGUUGCGCGUCGCGGAUGAAGAACAAGGCCCCUUGCAUCUGAAGCCGGCGCGCGUGCUGCGCCUGUUUGCACAAAAGGGACCCUUGCUCCUGCAGUACGUGCUGGCACACAGCAUUGCACCGACUCCCGCAGAGCGGAACGAAAAGUUGGGUAUGCUGCUGGCCGAACAGCUCUUGCAGGCGCCCGAGAAUGAGGCGCUGUGGCAGACGGUGUCCAAGGCUCUUGACACGUCCAUCAAGCUUAGUGGUAGUUCUUGGGUGCGCCCCAAGCUGGAUGAGGCUCGCCGCAUUCUUGAAUUGGACCAAGAUGAUUAUGAUAAAUAG